AGGACCCCUUUGAAAAUGAGUGCAAUGUCUUCUUCGCAGCUUUAGCUUGCUCAUGUCUGCCGCUAACGCGUAUUAACGCUUGCUUUAUAACUUUUCUCUUGCCUUGUCAGAUGGUUUCGGCGAGGUUUAGGACUCGUGUGUAGAAGUGCUGAAGAUUUAAAGACACUACCAGAGGCUGUUCGCUGUUAGCUAGAUGGAGGUAGCAUCAGCCUGUCGGUGAAACAGGUGAGACUGAGCGAUGCCUCCCAACAAACGCAUUCAGAAGGAAACUCUCAAACUGGGCUGUGAAUGGGGGUCGUGUCAGGAGUCGUUCAGUCGCAUGGAAAACUUCUGUAAACAUGCGGAGACUCAUCUCAGUGCGGAGAGCUCGGCAGAGAAGGACGAAGAAGACUCGGAGGAAGGAGAGAAAAACUGUCUUUGGAGGGACUGUGGCUUCUGUUCUGUGGAGGGUUCAGAAGAGCUGAGACGCCACGUGUUCUUUCACUGCUACCACACCAAGCUGAAGCAGCUGGGUCAGCAGGUUCUCAAUGCCCAGCCGGAAAUUGGGAGCUGCUCAAUCGCCUACCAGAACCGCAACGUCGUCCCUGAAAUCCCAGACAAUUUCACCUGCCUUUGGGACGACUGUGAGCAACCGCCGUAUGAGAAUCCAGAGUGGUUUUAUCGGCACGUGGAGAUGCACAGUCUCUGCGUCGAAGUCCCAGCAGGCGAGUGUGAAUUUCCAAUACGCUGUGGAUGGAAAGACUGUGAAGCCAGUGUUAAAGGCCGCCCGAAGCUGCGGGAGCACCUGCGUAGCCACACCCAGGAGAAGGUGGUGGCCUGUCCGGGCUGCGGGGGCAUGUACGCCAAUAACACCAAGCUGUUCGACCACAUCAUUCGGCAGAGCGCCAUGGAAGGUCAGAGAUUCCAGUGUUCUCAUUGCUCCAAACGUUUUGCAACAGAGAGACUCCUGAGAGACCACAUGCGCACUCAUGUGAGCCACUAUAAAUGCCCGCUGUGCGACAUGACCUGUCCAUCGCCCUCUUCACUGCGUAACCACAUCAAGUUCCGCCACAGCAACGAGAAGCCGUACAGCUGUGAAUACUGCGAGUACAGCUGCAAGAAUCUGGUGGACCUUCGCAAACACCUGGACACCCACAGCAGUGAGCCGGCCUUCCGCUGCGACGCUCCCGGCUGCAGCUUCAGCUGCCGGACGUUCGGCACGAUGAAGAUCCACUACAAAAGAGAGCACGAGGGGAGUUUCAUCGCUCGCUACAAAUGCCACGUCUGUGACCAGUGCUUCACUCGGGGCAACAACCUCACUGUGCAUCUGCACAAAAAGCACCAGUUCAAAUGGCCGUCUGGACACCCCAGGUUCAGGUACAAAGAACAUGAGGACGGCUUCCUGCGCCUGCAGCUGAUUCGCUACGAGAGCGUGGAGCUGACGGAGCAGCUGAUGAGGGAGAGGCAGAGCAGGCAGGCGGAGGAGGAGGACGGCGGUGGCGGCGGCGGCGGGGUGGAGGAGGGGUCGGCUCGCGCUGCUCCGCCAGAGGUGCAGGUGGAGCUGCGAGAAGUGCUGCUGGAGGAGCAGCGGACGGAGGAGCCGGCCGAGGGCCAGGAGGAGAGCGUGCUCUACGUCCUCACGGAGAGCUUGACCCCGGCGGGGGAGGACGCCGUCAUGCUGCAGCUGCAGGACGCCGCGCAGCAGCAAGGGAUGCCGGUGGUCUGACGCCGUGCGCCUCUCUCUCUGUAGAGUUUUCCAGAUCCACAGUAAAUCUACGAAGGACAACUUUUGGACUUCUGAACCGUUUAAGAUGCUGCUCGUAUUUAUAUUGAGAAAUGUUUGAAGAACAUCAGCGAUGAAGGGACGCGACUCCAUAAUGAACCAUUUUCACGAUAAGCCUAUAUUAGGUAACGGAACUAUUUAUAUGUCUUCUGUUGAUCAUCCAGUUUCUGAAUCAGUUUCAGUUUAUUCCUACCCAGUGACCUCUCAUGCACAACAACAUAGAAGUUCAUGUGCCAAAUGUUUUAAGUGGCUCUUAACAUUCAGCAAAAUGUGUGUAAACUUACCUCACCAGCUUCAGAAGGGUUUGUCUUUUUGAAUAUUUCACUUUGACUUGAAUAAAUGAGUAAGCUUCU